UAUUCCAUAGGCAUGGAGAACGAUACAAGAAAGUUGGAGCGCUUAGUGGUCUUCGACUGCGACAUUGGAACGGACGACGCCUGGGCUUUGGCUCUCCUACUGCGUGGAGAACAAUUGUCCUUGGCGAGUGGGAGGCGGUACAAGCUGAUUGCGAUUACUUGUGUACAGGGCAAUACGGAUGUGGUGAAUGGAGCCCAGAACGCCCUAAAAAUACUUCGAUUAUUGGAAAGGCGUGAUGUGCCAGUUUUCAGGGGCUGUGCCAAUCCCAUUGUAACUCGGACAUGGUUGGACAUUUCCCGCUUCCACGGCACUGACGGCCUUAAUGACAUUGGCGGCUACCCAGAUGUGAGUGAUCUGCAGGAGCAACUGCAGCAGGAGCACGCCGUGAAUGCCAUGUAUCGGCUAGUGUGUCAAUAUCCAAAACAAGUUGACUUUCUACUUUGCGGGCCACUAACUAAUUUUGCCAGCUGCAUUAAUCUAUAUGGCGAUGAUUUUUUGGACAAAAUCGGUGGAAUAUUUAUAAUGGGUGGAAAUAUAUAUGGUCGCGGAAAUAUCAUGAAGUGUGCAGAGUUCAAUUUUAUGAUGGAUCCGGAGGCGGCGCAUACAACAUUGGAGCGUUUGAAGGUGCCAGCUGUUAUUCUUCCCUGGGAACCCAGCAUUGAUGACGACUUCAAUCUGUCACUUGACUGGCGGCUGGAUGUCUUGGGCUCUGUAGACCAUCCCCUAGUCGAGCUUUUGUCCAGGGUGGAGCGAUCCAUGUUGGUGCCACGUGACAUAAAGCAUUGGAUUAAUCCCGAUGCCGCUCUUGCAGCAGCCUAUAUCUUCCCAAAGGCGAUGAUUGCCGAGCAGUUGGAUUACCAUGCCACAGUGGAGUUGGCCGGAGUCCACACCCGUGGCCAGAUGGUACUGGAUCAUCUGCGAGGUCGCCGUGUGGAUGCUAUCCAUGGGAAAAAGAGCAAUGUGCGGAUCAUAACACAUCUCAAUAGAGAACCAUUUCGCACUAUUAUGUCCUGGACGGGAUUCCUUCCGGGCGUAGAUAUCACAGAGCUCUGCGAGCAGGAACAACGUAAUAAUCUUUAAGAUACAAUUAUUUGCUUUUUAAAUGAAAUGAAGAAUAACUUUAAUUGUUCUUAUGAUUUGUCUUGGCACAUUGGAUCGAUCUUAAGUUUACGAAUGUAAUAAAAACAUAUUAGAAU